AUGCCACCAAGAAGCAACCAUCACGACAACGUCCGACUGAUUUGUAAGACUGAUACGGCUUGGAGCAAGGAUCGGCUUAUCUCUGGAUCAGCUUGGAUCUUCUCAGGCGCUCAACUCCUGAACCCAAUCGAAGGAUCGUCGAUUGAGGAGUACGUCAGAUCACCGUUGGUAGCGGAAGCUAUGGCGGUCCGCUCUGCACUUUGCAUGGCUCAAUCAAUGGAGAUCACCGCGCUGAGGGUCUUCUCCGACAAUCGAACGCUCAUAAGAGCAAUUUCCGGCAACACACAGUCAAAAGAGAUCAUCGGUAUUGUGAAAGACAUCCGAUUGAUCUCCUCUGAGUUUGCAUGUAUCUCGUUCUCUCAUCUCCCUCGAUCUGAAAACGCUGUUUCUGAUUUGUUAGCUAAAAGGGCUCUUCAAGCCCAUCUGCAUUUGUAG